ACAAGUUUGACAGUUAGUCGAUAAUAAACCAUAUUGACAUUUCCAGUUAGAAUGCUAAACACGCUCACACUCUUCUGGCCAUUUGGUGAUAAUUGGCGUCUUGGUGUGGCAUCCACGAAGCAUCAACGCCGGCAAUCAGUUGGAAGCUGGAUGCAAAUCAGUGAACUGGCAUUAGGCAAAGAUCUUCAGAGCAGUCCGCAGUUCCACACGGCUUGGCCAUUGUUUUUUCGUGCAUCAGCAUCAGGCUGGGGGCAAGGGGCACAGGGAGGCAGCAACUUCAGCUCGUACGCAUGUCAAUCUUCUCGGAUGCUCUGUAGUUGCAGACCCCCUCAAGACUUAAAGUUCACGAAAUCAGGUCACAAUGCGAAAAUGAAGCCUACACCCCACAGGCAGCUUAAAGAAGAUAAGUUUCCAUAUGCUUGUAUAUACAAUAUUAAUGAAAGUAUUCUUCAUAAUUAAUGAAAUCUUAAUGGGCGCCUUACAAGGCAACGCAGACAGCGCACAAACACAAAUCAGCGCCGGGCCAAAGCAGCUUAGCGAACAGAAGUUCCCACAUCAUUAAUAAAAGAAAACCAAAAAAAAAAAAUAAAAGAAGCCCAACUAGAGAUCAGAAGCAGCAUCGUUCGAGAGACACACACGAUGAUCCCGUGCUGGCGCUGGCCAACAAAAUUCAAACGAAUUAAAGCGACUUCAACUUACAAAUGUAUCUACAAGAUACAAGAACAAAAACAAAACCAAAAAAAAGAAAAACACAAACGACGACAAAUUAUGCAGCGACAACGAAGACUAACUCAAAGCGCAGCAGCAGAAGCAGCAUUUAGAUUUGGAAUUGGAAGGAAGCUGCAGGCUUAUCUCGCGCAUGGACAUGUAUUUAGAUUUAAAUUUGGCUCUUUCGUUCACUAGCUAGCUAGCUAACUG